AUGGAUCGUCCGAUUAACAUUCGUACAUCACCAAGAACGCCCUUGUCAUUGUCUAAGCAACAAAUGAUAGAAGAAUUUUGGAUGAAGAAACAAGAAGAAAUUGAGGCGAUUGAGGACUUUGGAGAGCGCACAAUCCCCAUGACCUGUCUAAAAAAGGUCAUUUGUGCUGAGAAGGGUAAAAUGAUGAUGACAUCCGACACCCCAACCUUCCUGACAAAGGCAUGUGAGAUAUUUGUGCAGGAACUUUCUGUCCGUUCUUGGGUGUGUGCUAGUUCCCACAAUCGUAGCACGAUAUUGGACUCUGAUAUUGCUGAGGCAAUUGCCUCCAUUGAGUCCUAUGAUUUUCUAAAUGAUGUUCUAUGCGCACAUCUUGAAAAGUACAAGUCUGGUCCAUGUCUACAGUCCACUAAGAAGCCUUAUCACCACAUGUUGACAAGUCAGUCGUACACAUCCCUCGAAUCUUCUUUUGAUCAAUACCAAAUGACACAAUUUAUUCCUUCAUCUACUAGAUAUAAUCCCUUUCUUUGCAUUCCUCCACCUUUGCCACCAACGAAUGCUAAUCCAAUGCAUUUACCCUUGGCACUUCCACCACAAAGAGCAUGCCCCAUAAUGGUAACCCCAAUAACACCUACACCAAUUAUGAGUGGAUCAUUCCCACCUAUGACAUACAUGACCAAGGAUCUAGGGUUCUUCAGGAAAUGCAUUAGCAACAACAAUGCUGCUUUAGGUCUUAUGACUCCUCAACAGUUACUUCUAGAAGCACUACCCAAUAUUCCAAAUAACUGCUACAUGAGUACCAUUGCUUCUACCAAUACAUAUUGUGUCGGUAGUGCUAGCACUAGUAAUUUUGUUGCUCAAGAUGGUGACAUGGCAUUCCAUUUCCCUCAUGUUCCUCUAAAGCCUUUUCAAUUAUCAUCCUCUUCAACAAUGGAUAAUAUUGCUUGCCCUAUAUAUACUGAUAUCGUUGAAUUGAACCGUACCAAACUGGAUGUUACACAUAUCGGAAAUUCCACACAUGGCAUUAAUCCUGAAGCUAUUUUCAAUGUCGAAGAUGGUCAACAAACGCAUAUGGGAGAUGAAAGCACUGCUGCCCAUCAUAUGAAUGUUGUGCAUGGAGAGUUAGAUGCAGAAGUUGUUAUUACUACUACUAAUGUGGGUGCAGAUGACAACAAUAUAAAUUGGGAUGAAAUUGAAAUGGCUAGCAAUUCCAUGCUGAUGGAAUUUUGGAAAGAUGUAAUGAUGGAAGAAGACCCGACACCUUUGCCAACCACUAUCUCAACCAAUGAUCUUAUUGUGCUUCCUAGUGAUAUGUUGGAACUUGAGGGAUGUUGUCAUGAUUCAUAUCUUCUUGAUGAUACCAUGUCUGAAAUAAGUACCGAUGGAAGGCAUAGCUAG